AUGUAUCCUACUAUUCGUGAAGUAGCUUCGGCAAGUAAUAAUGAUGAAGUAUUAAUAGACGAUGCACCUGAACUUCCACCGAUUGAUGAUGAAGAAAUUCGUCAAGUUCAAACAGCUUUUUCUCAUAUGAUUGAUCAAACAUGUUCAAAUGGUCCAGCUGCUGAUGGAACUAUUUUUGAACAUACAUAUGUUCCACGAGAUUGGUAUGCUUUUUUCUUUCGUUCAAUUGUACCAACACAAGAAUCAGUUAAACAUCAUCUUGAACACGAAUUACCUCAACAAUUUUUUAAUUAUGAAGGUACUGGUGUUAAAUAUGCAUUCAAAGUUCUUGAUCGUCGUACAAAUAAUUUAAUAUAUGAACAAAUGCCAUCAUAUCAUAAAUAUGGUAUGCGUUUAUUAUUUAGUGGUCCUGUUCAACGUGAAUUAUUACAUACAAAUGCAAUAAAAAAAUUUUUUGCUCGUGAAACAAUACGUUUAGGUAAAGCAUUUGAUGAUCCAAAAUCAUCUAAACAUAUAUCAGCAUUUGUUAAAAUGUAUCAAAUUAAUUUAAAUGAAUUACUUCUUACAAAUAUAUCUGAUUAUCAAACAUUUAAUCAAUUUUUUUAUCGAAAAUUAAAAUCAAAUGCUAGAAAAAUAGCUAGUCAAGAUAAUCCAAAUAUAAUUGUUUCAGCUGCUGAUUGUCGUUUAAUUAUAUUUAAUAAUAUAAAUGAUGCAACACGUAUUUGGAUAAAAGGACAUAAUUUUUCUCUUAAAGAUUUAUUUAAUGAUGAAAAAUUAGCAGAUGAAUUUGAUGGUGGUUCAAUAGCUAUAUUUCGUUUAGCACCUGUUGAUUAUCAUCGAUUCCAUUCACCAAUUAAUGGAAAAAUUGGUUCUCAUAUGAAAACAAUAGUUGGAACUUAUUAUACUGUUAAUCCAAUUGCAAUUAAAGAAAAAUUAGAUGUUUUAACAAGAAAUCAACGAACGAUGAUUACAAUUGAAAAUGAAUCUUUUGAAAAAGUCGCUUUUGUUGCUAUUGGUGCAUUACUUGUUGGAUCAGUUAAUUUUACUGUUCAACCUAAUCAAUAUAUUAAUAAAGGCGAUGAACUUGGAUUUUUUGCUUAUGGUGGUAGUACUGUCGUUGUUGUUUUCAAAGCGGGUGUGGUAAAAUGGGAUGAUGAUUUACGACAUAAUUCGAAUAAUUCUAUGGAAACACUUGUUCGUAUGGGUGAACAAAUUGGUCAACGAAGAACUGAUGAAGAACGUCAAGACUAUUUAUCUAAUAGUAUUAAUACUGGUAAAAAAAAUUCUGCAAUAACUCAACUUUUGACUCGUUUUCCUGUGAUGCAUACAACUAAAUAA